AUGUACGGACGAGCAGGGGUGGAGAGCGACAUGGGUAGCGAAUGUGGAUGGAUGGAUGGAUGGGUGUGGUGUGUAUGUACGUACAAGCGUGCAGAAAAGCGUGGGACAGCGCUGCUUAUUGGAGACUUUUCCGAUAUGACGGUGCACGACUGGCUUCACAGCAACCAUAUCCCUCUUGCAGCCUCCCCCACGCCAUGGCCCUGGGCAGCCCAUGCGAGCUCCCUCCCCGAACGGCUUUGUCCAUCCAUAAGCGCACUUUUCCAUGUCAUUGGACGGCUCGAUACAGUCAUGCAGCUUCGUGGCCGGUCGUUUUCACUUCCCCUUUGGGUCAACCAUCUGCACUGCGCAUCUCUUACUACUCCAUGGCAGGAAUCCUAUCGGAGCAGCCCAUGUUCUUUUUUGCAAGAUGCCGCUUCUGAGCAAGCCACGCGUGCAUGUCAGAGCGCUUGUGCUUUAGCCCUACCCGCAUACCCAUAUGCCUGUCUAUGCCAAAUUGUGCCUGGGGCGAUGGGAACGGUAGCAUUCGUCAUGCAGCCCGUCGGCGAUGUGUGCAGCCCUUCGGGGACGGCGUCUGGUGCAUCCUGCUACCGCUGCCAGCUCUCAGCUGAAUCGGCCUUGUCUCCACAAUAG